GUGGAUUAAAAUCCUAUCGACCACCACCGACUGUUCGUCGUCAGCUUGCGUGCGUUGCGGUUUCGAUAUUUUGGGCCAUUUUAAUCCGACCCGUAAAGGCAGAUUUUUCAUCCAGCUUCCACAAUGUUUUCUCGUACAUUAAAAGCAGUUGCUGCCCAAGGCGCUAAGAACUUUUCUACCAGCGGCCAGAACAAUGUCAAGGUGGCCGUUUGUGGUGCUUCGGGCGGUAUUGGACAACCACUAUCCCUGCUACUGAAGCAAAGUUCCCUGGUGACGGAACUCUCUCUGUACGAUAUUGUCCACACGCCUGGUGUAGCCGCUGAUCUGUCGCACAUCGAAACUCAUUCCAAGGUCACCGGAUACAAUGGUCCAGAGAAUCUAGAGAAAGCCUUAGCUGGUGCCGAAAUCGUUAUCAUCCCAGCUGGCGUUCCACGUAAGCCAGGAAUGACGCGUGACGAUCUAUUCAACACGAACGCCUCGAUUGUCCGUGACUUGGCUGCUGGAUGUGCCAAGGCAUGCCCGAAAGCACUCAUUGGUAUUAUCUCCAAUCCAGUGAACUCAACAGUCCCGAUUGCCUGCGAUACACUGGCUAAGGCUGGCGUACUGGAUGUUAAACGCGUCUUCGGUGUUUCAACGCUGGACAUUGUUCGUGCCAACACGUUCAUUGGCGAAGCUGCUGGGGUUGAUCCACAGAAGGUCAACAUUCCAGUCAUCGGUGGUCACUCUGGUGUAACUAUCAUUCCGGUGCUGUCCCAAGCAACUCCUCCAGUAAGCUUCCCUCAGGAUAAGAUUGCCGCUCUCACCGAACGUAUUCAGGAGGCCGGUACUGAGGUUGUGAAAGCCAAAGCUGGAGCUGGUUCUGCUACGCUGUCCAUGGCUUAUGCUGGAGCUCGCUUUGCCUUAGCUCUAGCCCGUGCGCUUCGAGGUGAGAAAAACGUUAUCGAGUGCGCUUAUGUACGCUCCGAUGUGACCGAGGCCAAGUACUUCUCCACUCCGCUGUUGCUGGGCAAGAACGGAUUGGAGAAAAAUCUGGGUCUACCAACGCUCAAUGCUUUCGAACAAGAGCUCCUUAAGAAGGCCAUUCCGGAGCUCCACAAGAACAUCAAGAAGGGCGAAGAUUUUCGUCAAGAACAACUAAAAUAUUUAUUUUCAACUAGCGAAAAUUUUUGACUAAGUACAACACUACAUCUAGAGCAUUUUGGCAUAACGUUCAUUAUUUUUGAGAGGAAGCAAUGAAUCGUACAGCAAGUUCAAAUCCAAUGGUUACAUUAUUCGUCAUUAAAUGACAUAACAAAAUGACCUGUUAAAACCUCAUCCCAAAGAAAACUGUAGGAAUCCGGAAGAAACCUAACGAACAUGAAAAUUAAAACAAUGUGUUUUUUUUGUAUUAAAUCGAUUAAUUUGCCCGA